AUUAGUUGAAAGAAUAUCUUCAAAGGUAAAGAGAAUAUAAAAAAAAAACUUUCAAUUUUGUCUGCAAGAAGUUGAUAUACAUAUUCCUUUUUCUAUAAUGUAAUGAGAGAGAAAGAGAGAGAGAUCAUCAUAAAAGAUAUACAUUUUUAGGAAUAUUACACUAAAGGAACAUUUGAAACUUUGCAGGAUUACUAUAUGAUUUAACAAAACAAAUAACAGAUAUUCUUUUGUAUAAUUGCGGGUGACUCUGGGACAAACUCUGCAAACUUCUGCGAGGGCCAUGUUUAUUCAAUACUUACGUCUAUUUGUUUUGACUGCUAUCUUGCAAUACGUCAGCUGCAAUGAUGAAUGUCCAGUUACAGAGGAGAAUUGUCGAUGUAUUCCAAAAUUUUCUGGAACUAACUACACAUUUUGGAUUGAAUGCGAAAGGUUAGGCGUAAUUAACAGCGUUCCUGAAUUUAAGCAAUACUCAAGGCCUGUUCAAGUUUUACAAAUUAGAAAUUCGAAUAUAAAUCGUAUAAACAGCGAUGCAUUUAAAGGUUUAAAUAUUGAAAUAUUAAAAUUGUUCUCAUUGGGUAUACAGCAACUUGAUGAAAAUUCAUUUAGAGGAUUAGAAAGUUCAUUAAAGGAGCUUUACCUUGAUAACAAUAAAAUAUCCGAUAUUCCAGUAGGAUGUCUUCAAAAGCUCACCAAUUUGGAAUAUAUCGGUCUUGAUGGAAAUAGUUUACUGUAUUUCAUGGAAGAUAUUUUCCAUAAUUUAAAAAAGAUCGUUCAAAUAAAUCUCUUUAAUAAUCGGCUGAUUAUGUUACCUGAUGGCGCUUUUACAGACUUACAAAAUCUACAACUUCUAUUAAUAUACAAUAACGAUUUGAUUGAAUUGCAAUCGGAUUUAUUCAAAAAUCAAAAAAAUUUAAUCAAUUUAGACGUCCAUAGUAAUAAAAUAACGGAACUAUAUGAAACGACUUUCAGUAGUUUAGUUCGAUUGGAACGAUUGGACGUCUCUAAUAAUAAAAUAAAAUCAAUAAAAACUGGUACAUUAAAGAAUUUACGUAGUUUAAAAUUCUUGAAUGCUGCUAGUAAUCGAAUUACAACUCUACCAUCGGAAGGUUUCUAUUUUAAUCCAAACUUAGAAGAUAUAGAUUUAAAUAACAAUUUUAUUCAAUCAAUUCCUGACGACUGUUUUAUUGAACAAACGGAUUUAAAACGAUUAAAACUUGGAAAUAAUAAUAUUGGUUCUAUGAAAAAGAAUAUUUUCACUGGUCUAAUCAAUUUAGAAAUAUUAACUCUAUAUAACAAUUCUAUAAAAACAAUACAUCCUGAGACUUUUCGCGAUAAUAGAAACUUACAAAUACUGAGAAUACAGGAUAAUAAAAUUACUGAAUUGGAUAAAAGGAUAUUUGAAAAGAAUUCCAAAUUAAUAUCAUUGGAUCUAUCGAAUAAUAACGUUCAAUUAAAUCAUAUGGAAACCUUCCAUUCAAUGAAAACUUUACUAACUCUUAAACUUGGAAAUAAUCGAAUUGAACGUAUUCCAUCAGGAGUAUUUCGUCCACUUACGUACUUAUCUUAUAUGUAUCUAAAUGAUAACAAUAUAAAGAAUGUGAAAAGUGAAGAUUUUUCAACAUUGCAGAAUUUAACCUCUUUGGAUUUAAGUUCAAAUUCUAUUAAUUCUAUUGCUGAUAAUUCUUUUAGGAAUUUAAAAAAGCUUUCCAGUCUGAAUUUAUCUUUUAACAAAAUUCAAAAAAUUUCCAGAAAAUGGUUUGUCGAUAUUCAUAGACUUAUAAAUCUAUAUUUACAUAACAACGAGAUACAAAUAUUGGGGAACAGCGACUUUCAAGACUUGAAUGAUCUGGAGGAGUUGACUUUACAUAAUAACCAACUUAUCUCUCUUACAUCCCUAUCUUUAUCGCCUCUACCAUCCGUUAAGAUAUUAAGUUUAUCUGGAAAUUAUAUCAAAUCUAUCAGGAAAGGAACUUUUGAUAGUUUAAAAAGACUAAGAAAGUUAGAUCUUUCACUCAAUAAAAUUAAAACUAUUGAUGAAGAAGUUUUCUCCAGAAAGAUUAGAAAUCUUCAAGAAAUUAAUUUAAGAGAUAACGAUUUACAAACAAUUCCAAAAAGUAUUGGAGAAUUAUCAUUAAUUCAACCCGGUUUAUUAAAAUUGGAAGGUAAUCCUUUGAAUUGCUCUUGCGAUAUUAUUUUCCUCAGGGGUUCAACUAUGCCGAGUCGUAAUAGUACUUGUAUGGAUAGACAAGGCAAAAGGGGCUAUUACGUUAUUUGUAUGCCUGAUUUUGGCUGCCAGAGUGGAUAUAGUAUUCCAAAGUCUCAAGAAGAAUAUUGCAACAAAUAUGUACCUUAUAUUCCGUUAUUUACAACUUUACAACCACUAACUACAGAAGCGACAUCUAUUGCUACAACUGAAAUUAUAACAACUACGGAGAGUACAGCUGCCGACGUAGCAUCGACCGUCACCUCUAGGCAGAGUUCAACAACUUUGGCAGAAAUAUCAACUGCCACGUCUGUGCAAACAAAGCAGAAGACUACAAAAAUGCCUACCAUGAUGAAAGCGACAUCUACAGCAACGAGUAAGCUUACUUCCACUGACCCAACUACUGCGCCACCUACCUCCUUCAAAACGACUCAAGCAGUGGAGACAUCUACAGCCAUUCCAACAACCACCACUACCCGCCUAACGACGAAGACAACUCGAAAAGUGGAGACAUCUACAGCCAUUCCAAUAACCACCACUGUCCGUAUCACGACUCAGACAAACCGAGAAGUGGAGACAUCUACAGCUAUUCCAACAACCACCGUCCAUCCUACUCAAGCACGGGAGACGUCUACCACCGUUCCAACGACUGUCCAUCCAACAACUAAACCAGUUGUUGAGACAACCACUGCCAGUUGGACAACUCUCCCGCCUACAACUUUUUCAGGCACUAAACUGAAUAAGCAUAGCACAACCAUGCAAAAUGACGUCUCAUCAAUGAAUAUAUUAACAAAGGCGGAGACCUCAGUCAAGACUAAAUUUUCAGCAAUAACUUCAAAAAGUACAAAAACCCCUUCAACUAUUAUCACGCAUAGCGUAACUAAAAAUAACUUGGACGAGACGGAUACCACAAUGAUGACGUCUAAAAGAAUCACGAAAAGUGCUAAUGUUGAUACAACAAAAUUUAAUAGAAUUAGUCAAGAAACCUACGCUGAUUUAUCAACAGUAGAUUAUACUACACAAACGUUUACCCCCAAAAUAAAAGUUACAACUGAAGAUCCCACAAACAAAAACGAAGAAAUCAAAACAACACGAUCACCUACUAAAAACAAUCACUUACAAACAGAACAAACCGCUAUAAAUGAGAUGACCACACUAGCAACAGAACCACCCGCAGGAGAGAGAAUUUCAAAGAGUUCACUCUCAAAAACAGUUAUUAUAACUAUAAUUGUAUGUUCAGUUGUUGCCGUAAUACUUAUCUUCCUCGCUCUCCUUAUAUGUGUUGUCCUAAAGGCAAGAAGGAAAAUUACAACUGAAAAAGAAACAUCCGAUAAGUCAACUGUAAAUCUAACGGAAUCUCCACCAUUUCUAGACACGAUUGAAGAUGGAAAUUUAAAGAAUUUCGACGAUUUUACAAAUAGUUUAUCUGUUCAAUCGGAAGUUGUUACCAACGAUGUUAUAUACGUUGAACCAUUUGGGUAGACGCAAACUACAUCUACCCGUUUUCUUAUUAAUCGAUUAAAAUGCAUUUUCUUUUUGUUUUCAACUUAUUAAUAUAGUAUUUGUUAACUAGUUUUUUUUUUUUGACGAUUUAUAAAUACAUUUUAUAAGAAAAGAGUAACGAGAA